CAAGUCUGAUCUGUUUCUUUUGUUUAACGGCAUCAACGUAAAUGUCUGAUUUAUUUAUAUAUCAAUUAAAUGACUUGCACAGCUCUGAUUUAUUAAUUUAGUAAACUUAAACUGGUUUGCAUUCAUGAAAUGUUUAAAUGUGUGCAUGCCUAAUUGUUUUUGAGCUUUGUUUUGUCUACAUUUAUAACUAGGCCGGUGGAGAUCGUUAUAGGUACUGCUUUUGAUCAUAAUUGGGACACACAAGACCGUGUAUGUAUGCAGAAACAAUAUUUUACAAAACAUUAAAAGCUGCAGUUUAAAGUUCAGUUCAUGCACUAAAAUUAAGAUUUAUGUGGAGUAGUUAAAAUAUUCCUAAUAGGCUGUGAUGAUAGUGAUGUAUGUAAACAAUUGCUGAGCAGCCUUACACUAUCUGUAAUCUCGGACAUCUGCAUGGUUUUAUUUAAAAAAUCAUAUAUUUUAUUUACAGAACAGGACUGGAGCCAUGACUGCAAGCACAGGUGGAGGCGGGAGCUGUUUAUCCAUGAGUCUGGCUGCCCUAAAGAGACUCGACCCCUACAUUCACAGCAUCACAGACCUAGCCAGCCAAGUAGCACUUUACACCUUCAACAACACCACCAAUGAAUGGGAAAAGACAGAUGUGGAGGGAACUCUGUUUGUCUAUAACAGACUUGCCUCCCCCAGGCACGGCUUCACCAUCCUGAAUCGGCUGAGCAUGGACAACCUGAGCGAGCCCAUCACUAAAGACUUAGAUUUCCAGCUGCAGCAUCCGUUUCUCCUGUACAGGAACGCUCGCUUGUCCAUCUUUGGCAUCUGGUUCUACGAUAAAGAAGACUGUCAGCGUAUUGCAGAACUCAUGAAGAAUUUGGCAGGACAGGAACAGCAGUUACAGCCGCAAAUGGCUGUUGGCUCGGUCUCUCCGCGAUCAGCAGAGAAGUGUGUGGAUAUAAUGCAGAUGCUCACUAAAGCACGAGAUGACUAUGACAAGGGAAAGCUCAGCGAGCCGAAAGAAAUUGGCAGUGGUGGUGUCCUCUAUGGAAACCCCCAUUUGAUCAAACCCAUACCCCUCAAACCAGCACAGGACACAUACAUCCAGGGUCAAACGCAGCAGAAACUUUCACUCUCUCAGGAUACAGAGAUGGAGUCAAAGCGCCUCUCGGUUGUCUCUUUGUUCGGGGCUCAGUCAAAACCAGACUCUGUCUCGCCACAGCCCACCUCAGCUGUCAGCAGGGUGGGUCCAACGCAGCCUGCGGUGGUCCGCUCGCUGUCUUACGAUGACCCUUCUCUGGCAAGUGGUGCCGUGGUGUCCAACACCCCCACACAGCACUGCCCAGCCAUCCACAAGCUCAUGUCUGGUUCGCUGCUGCAGCCUCUCUCUGAAUCCACAGAGAGUCGUCUGUGUGAAAACGGUGCAGUCAAGAACCAGCCUGAACCGAUACAAAAACUGCUAAUGAACCCUCUUCCUGUGGCAGGGACUCCAGGGAUUCCUUCCCUACAGUUAAAUCAGGGAGAAAGUGGAGUGGGGCCCCAAAUCCUCCCUAAAGCUAAAGCCUCAGGGCCGGACCCGGCUCAGCACAUACUCUACGUCCCAAAUGAAGCACCCCCUGCUGGAAUGGCAGGGAACAUGGUGUCGCCACAUGAGCUUCUCCAAAGGCUCACAUUGGUGCAGCAGGAGCAGGAGCUCCUACAGCCGAAUCUCACCACCAGCAGCUCCAGUCUCAGCAAAACUAACCCAACACAGCGUAUCCCAGCGACUGGAGCCCCCACCCUCCUUCUGUCACCCAGCAUGUUCACCCAGACCAAAGCCACGAGAGCAGAACCAGUUGAACCCAGAGCACUUAGCAGGACUCAGCUACAGGCCACACUGCUCCACUUCAUCAAGAAUGAUGCAUCAUUCCUGGACACCAUCUAUGAAGCAUAUGUCUCACGUCUCGCUACAGACUCCAGCUCAAAAGCUUUCUGAAGCAGGAAAAGCAUCUGGACACGUGUAUACGUACACGCAGCUUUCAUGCUCUGAACCAUCUC